AUGGAAAACACCCGCUGCUUUGCCAACCGCUUCACCGACUACAAGGGCGCGCUGCUCCCGGACCAGGGCACAGAAGCCGUGGUGCCCGCCGUCAUCUCCACCAUUGACAAAAUCCUGAAACAUGUCCCCGUCGACAUCAGCGACUACGACGGAGGGCUGUAUGAUGGCCCGGCCGGGGUGGCCUACAUGCUGUAUCAUGUCAGCGAGUGUCCGCUGUUCUCGCAGCAGCGGGACGCCUACCUGAAGACGGCUAAACAGAUCAUCGAUGUGUCGGUCAAAAAUGUGGACGCAGAGCCGGACAAAAACAUGCGUGCUGCCUUCCUGCUCGGUGGGGCUGGCAUCUACGCAGUGGCCACGAUGAUAUACAAGUCUCUGGGCUUGGCUGAGUUUGUGAAGCCGCUGACCAAAUUUCGUAAACUGUGGGAGGUGUGUGCGCCCAUCAAUUUCCUGGAGUGCGGCUCCGAUGAGCUGUUUGUGGGACGUGCUGGGUACCUGUGUGCCGCCCUGGUGCUCAAGCAGAAGCUGGGCAUAGAGAUUUUGAGCAAGGAUCAGAUCAAAUCUAUUUGCCAGGCCAUCAUCAUGGGAGGAAAACAAUACGCCAGGAGGAAGAGAAAGCCUUUCCCCCUCAUGUACUCGUACUAUGGGACAGAGUACCUCGGCGCAGCCCACGGCCUUUCAUCAGUGCUGCAGAUGCUGCUGAGCUACCAGGACGUCCUCAGCAGGGUGGAGAAGGACCUGGUGUGGCAAAGCGUCAAUUUCCUUAUGAGUCAGGAGCAGAAUUGCAACUGGCCUGCAGAGCUGGGCGCCAUCAUUGAGAGAGAGAAUGAACUAGUGCACUGGUGUCAUGGAGCCCCUGGUGUGGCAUAUCUUUUUGCCAAAGCCUACCUGAUCAAUAACAAACCCCAGUAUCUGGACACAUGUAUCCGCAGUGGAGAGCUUGUGUGGCAGAAGGGGCUCCUGAAAAAGGGACCUGGGAUUUGUCACAGAGUCGCAGGCAGUGCUUACGUUUUUCUCCUGCUUUAUCGGCUCACAGGAAACUCGAAAUACAUCUACCGUGCUCAGAGGUUUGCAGAGUUCCUCUUCACGGAGGAGUUUAAGGCAGGCUCCCACUCUGUGACCAGUGUCUACAGUCUGUUUGAAGGCCUGUCGGGGACCGUCUGUUUCCUGGUUGACCUCUUGCAGCCCGACCAAUCAGAGUUCCCUCUGUUUAGUGUCUUUGUGUGA